AUGGUUUCCAAAGUGGUGCAGAUCGUUCUGCGAGUCUGGGAGUUCCUAUGGACGCUCCUCGUCAUGGCCCUCGUGGGUAACAUGAUUUCCGAAUCGUUCGCCGGAAACCCCUCCACGGUCAAUUACACCAUGUUCGUCUCUGCGUUCUCGAUGUUCACUCUUCUCUACUUGAUCCCCGCCACGAUCAAGCCAGACUGGGCCAUCCACCCAAUCAUCGUGAUUGCUCUGGAUACCCUCAACGCCAUUUUCUUCCUUACCUCUGGUAUUGCGCUGGCCGCCAAGUUGGAGGCCCACAGCUGCAGCAACGACUUAUACACCCUCAACAAUGAGAUCACCAACGGCUCUGUACACCGCGAGAAGCGCUGCCGUGAGGCCCAGGCAUCGACUGCCUUCCUCUGGUUUGCCUGGUUUGGUUACACCUUGUCGAUGAUCCUUUCUAUCAUCGGAUCGCGUGGUGGUGCCAACCUCCGUGGACGCACCGGCCCUGCACGUGGCAAUGGACGUCCCAGCAUGGCCCAGGUUUAA